GCCUGUGGGUUUGCAGUGCGAGAAGGGAAAAGUUACGGAGUGCGGAAGCGGACGCCACAUCCGAAGAGCUGAUACAGCGGUGGGAGACGUAGACGUUGAAGCUCCGUAUCAGAAAGAAAAAACAUGGGUUGGAUUGGCGAGACCGUGGACUCCAUUAAAUCUAUUCAGAUCCGCCAGGCCCUCACACAGGCUGUUAGUCUUGGCUUGAUUGUUACAUCUGCUUUGAUAAUAUGGAAGGCAUUGAUGUGCGUUACUGGCAGUGAAUCUCCUGUUGUUGUUGUUCUAUCUGGAAGCAUGGAACCUGGGUUCAAGCGUGGAGACAUAUUAUUCUUGCAUAUGAGUAAAGAUCCAAUUCGUGCAGGAGAGAUUGUUGUAUUUAAUGUUGAUGGCCGCGAGAUUCCAAUUGUUCACCGGGUAAUCAAGGUGCAUGAGCGAAAUGACACUGGGGAGGUUGAUGUUCUCACCAAAGGAGAUAAUAAUUAUGGGGAUGACAGGCUUCUCUAUGCUCAUGGCCAACUCUGGCUACAAAGGCAUCACAUUAUGGGUAGAGCUAUCGGGUUCUUACCUUAUGUGGGCUGGGUGACGAUUAUCAUGACUGAAAAGCCUAUCAUUAAGUAUAUUCUCAUUGGUGCUUUGGGGUUGCUCGUGAUAACUUCAAAAGAUUAAACGAGAUGUCUCAAUCAAGCUUUGUGGUAACUGCAACUCUAGUAUAGUAAACAGAUAGUAUCACUUUCUUGAAGGUGCCAGAUGCCCAUCUUGUACCAUCUUUUUAAAUGACAGACAACAUGAUGUUGGAGUUGAUUCAGAGUAAUGGAUUUUUAUUUCAUUUUUAAUCGUUUAGACGCCUUAUUGGCUGCUUAGUUGCUUGAAUCAGACUUUUAAGUUUACAUUUUUGUAGUACUAUGGUAAUUCCGGCUUGACUAUAUAUUACUCCUGAAAAAUGAAUGGUUGUUUUUGAAA